UUUUACAGUCAAGCCUGGAAGCCCCACCUUUUGUGUUUCCCGCACCGUCAAUCAAAAUAGAAAAAAUCGACUCGAAUCACCGAUCGCAGCCCGCCUUUGAUUAAAAUAAUCAUGUUUGGCGUUUAAAUAAACCGAAACUCUCCCGAUUUAAAUAUUUCACGCUAUGACUGGUACGUAAAAUUUAGCCUGAUUCAAGCAUACCGUCACCGCCCCUGAACAGCCAGUGAAACAAGAGGAAAUGGCUGCCUUAGACGUGGACAGCAGUCAGAGCGACUAUAUGCAGCACGGCAGCGGCGGAGGAGACCAGGACACUCAGCCGUCACCGCUCGCUCUGCUGGCAGCUACCUGUAGCAAGAUCGGGUCACUUUUGCCAGAGGAGGAUAACGGUGCUGCCGCUGGCGUGACCACAGACCUCACAUCCAUACAGUUAACAGGGACCUCAGAGAGAUGGGAGGUAUUGGCUCCAAGCGCACCCAUAAAAGAGGAGCCAAGCAUAGUGCAUAUUCCCAACACAGGGAUAGUGACGUCAAAUGGACAGUAUGUUUUUCCUCUCCAGAAUAUGCAUAGCCAACCGAUUUUUGUGACGUCGGGACCCGACACGUCCGCCAACGCAGUGCCUAACAUUCAGUACCAGGUGAUACCGCAGAUCCAGACUGCGGAUGGACAGCUGGGCUUCGCGACCUCCGCGGUGGAGGGCACCUCCCUGGGACAGGAUGCCACAGGGCAGAUCCAGAUCAUGCACAGUGCUGGCCAGAGUAUCGGCGCUGCCGGAACGUCCCCGGCCGACAUCCUUACCAACAGCCAGAACCUCAUAUCUCAGACUGGUCACGUCCAGCAGAUCCAAGGAGUCUCAGUUGCUGGCUCUGCUUUCAACAGCCAGGGUCAGGUGGUCGCCAACGUUCCUGUCGGUUUACCCGGAAACAUCACCUUUGUACCGAUAAACAGUGUGGACCUAGACUCCCUCGGACUCGCUGGGGCUCAGACGAUAGCGACGGGGGUCACGGCGGACGGGCAGCUCAUCAUGGCUGGUCAGCCCCUGGACAGGUCCGAGGGCUCCGAUAAAACGGGUGAGCCCAUUUCCCACACACUGGCCGUCGGUGACUCGAACACUAACCAAGACAUGUACGUGCCAACGACGUCAUCGUCACAGCUGCCCGAGACGAUAGACGGAACGGGGGUGCUGACACAGGCCACCGCGGUCUCCUCAGCGGCCGGCGAGCAGGCAGACUACAUCGGCCAGAACCAAGUGCAGAACAUCCAGGUGUCGUCGGCGCAGCCCGUCAUCCAGCUUCAACCGGUGCCCGUCAGCACCAGUGACGGCCAGGUGGUCCAAGGCCUCCCACAGGCGCAGUUGUCCAGCCAGACGCUGCAGAACCUGCAGCUGAUCAACCCCGGGACCUUCCUGAUCCAGGCACAGACGGUCACGCCCUCGGGGCAGAUCCAGUGGCAGACUUUCCAGGUUCAGGGUGUCCAGAACCUGCAGAACCUCCAGCUGCCCAGCACUGGGGCGCAACAAAUCACACUGGCCCCUGUGCAGACACUCUCGCUGGGCCAGGGGGGCACGCUGAGCUCCAGCCCUGUCAGCAUCAGUACCGGGCAGAUCCCUAACCUGCAGACAGUGACCGUCAACUCUGUGGGUCAGGCGGGCAUCCAGUUCCAGCAGGUGGAUGACACAGGCAGCCCUGGAGACAUACAGAUUAAAGAGGAGCCUGACUCAGAGGAAUGGCAGUUGGCCACGGACUCCACGCUGAACACCAGCGACCUGUCACACCUGCGCGUUCGCCUGGUGGACGAAGACACGGAGCAGCCUGGCCAGGAGGGCAAGCGGCUGCGCAGGGUGGCCUGCACCUGCCCCAACUGUAAAGAGGCAGGCGGGAGGGGGUCGAACAUGGGUAAGAAGAAGCAGCACGUGUGCCACAUCCCGGGCUGCGGGAAGGUGUACGGCAAGACGUCACACCUGCGGGCGCAUCUACGCUGGCACUCCGGCGAGCGGCCCUUCGUCUGCGGCUGGAUGUUCUGUGGGAAGAGGUUCACACGCAGCGACGAGCUUCAGCGACACCGGAGGACACACACUGGGGAGAAGAAAUUUGUGUGUCCGGAAUGUUCCAAGCGCUUCAUGCGCAGUGAUCACCUGGCGAAGCACAUCAAGACCCACCAGAACAAGAAGGGCAUGAACUCAGGCGGCGCCGUCCUGACCUCGGUUGAGGCCACGGGCUCCUCGGACGGUAUCAUCUCGGCGGCCGGCACCACCCUCAUCCUCACCAACAUCCAGCAGGGCUCCGUCCAGGGCCUGGGGACUGUGAGCUCGGGCAGCGCGCAGGAGAUCCAUCCCAACUCGGAGAUCCCCAUACAGCUCGUCACUGUCUCAGCCAGUGAGGUGAUGGAGUGACUCCCGCCCACCGCUUGGACUCCUCAAUCGCUCCUGACCCCCCACCUCAUUUUUUAUAUAUAUAAAUAUAUAUAUAAAUAUAUAUAUUUUAAAAAAGAAUUAUCAGUUUGUUCCUUAGCAGUCUUUUUACAUAUGGGGUAAAUGACAUUACAUGUGGUUCCAAUACUCACACUGAAAUGCCUUAUUUUGUAUUAUAUUCUGUAGUAUAAGUGGGCAGACCUGCAUGUGUUUUUUAGCUACUGUUUAUGUGCUAAGACUGAAGAAAAUAGUCAACAUGAAAUGGAAAAAAUGGUACAGGAUUGGGGUUCUUGGGGGGGGGGGGUGUGUUUGUGUUCUGUAGGGUUGUCACAUUGGGGCCUGCAAUGAAGACAUCUGCCCCCAUUCUUGUUUGUGGGUUGGGGGGUCGACACCAAGAGUGGAGUCAGUACACUUUAAUUGGGCACUGAUUUGCGCUUGCAGAAGUCCAAAUGUCUUCAUACAGGUGUCGCAUUUUCUGUGCUUUGUUCCUUUCUGAUCCCGUCUUAUGGCGAAACUGAUGCUGCCCCAUGCCACAAUGCACUCUGGUUUGCCGCUUGGUCCAUUUCAGCUCACAGGCAGUGAACCCCCCCCCCCCCCCCCCCACACACACACACACACACACACACACACACACACACAACAAUCAUAUACCAUUGAAAUCCCCCAUUUCACCUGAUGUUUCAAUAAGCAUUAUUUUGAAUUUUUGAGGAAAGUACUAUUUAUGGUAGGGUUUACUUAGUAAACGGGUGGUUGUAUUUGGAUUUUUUUAACUGCGAUUUUAAUGUGUACAGUUCUCCCAUGUUACAUUAAUAAGAUUCCCUCUUGAUAGGAUGGACGGCGGCUGAAGGGUUUAUUUCGUUCUGUACAAGUCAUGCUGCUGGAGUCAAUCGCCAAAUUUGACUCCGACUGAUCUGGCCACACGAUGCCUGUUUUAAAGGUCACACCCCCCCCCCCCAUGGUUCUCGAAGACUACGUUGUCCAGAGUUAUCGUGCGGUGAACGGACCAAAACAGCCCUGUUCUGUUAAUGCAGUCUCCACCUCCUUGAUGCUGUGACAUGUUUUAUAGCCGUGUGUCAGAGCCCUGAAAUGACGUAUUUUCUUUCUUCUUUGUAACUGCCACCUUGGCGGAAGGAGACCUUGAGACAAAUCACCUUUAGCAGGAGUUACGUGGCGUCAGUCCACUGGAGGCGGAUCCUUUUUAAAUCUGUGACACUGUACUGAGAUCAAAUACAGUGUGAUCUUUUUUGUAUAAAUGUCUUUUUUUUAUAUAUACUGCCCAGGAAAAAUGUGUAUAGGCAAUACACUCAUUUUGCUCUGUCAAAAUAAUGUACUUGUCUCUUUUCCUUUUUUAAAAAUAUAUAUUCCUUAAUUAUUGGUUUCUGUUUUUCUAUAUAGAAACGUUUCUGCCAUUCUUUACGGAGGUUUGGUUACAUUGAAGUAGGUGAAUUGUGAAUGCUCUGCAGUCUUUUGCUGGACUUGAUUAUAUCAUUGAAUUUAGAUAAACUUGUUGACAAACAAGUUAGUAAAACGAAAAAUAAAACGAAGGGAAACUGACAAUAUUUUAUAAUAUUGUGACUCAUCACCACAUAAAACACAAAUUACUUUGAUGUAACUGAAAUAUACCCUGAGUGGUUUAUUAAUAAAACACUAUUUUGAUAUUUGA